ACAACAUUACAUUCUAGCUCCAGUAUUGAUCAGUCAGUCAACAUGAGAACAUUAAAUUUGCUGUGCGUGGUCAUUAGCUUUGCUCACUGCUGCCAUGGAUCAAAGAUGUGGCGAUAUAACCUCGCCUUUAACAACCCACUUAACUGGAACGCGGAUCAACUUCCAAAACCAGGGCAAUCGAUCCAAUAUCCAGUGAAACUAAACGCCCUAGCAGAACUUCCGAGCAGUAUCAGUGUUGGAUCGCUGAUACUGCCAUCCAGUGGGGCUGUACUCAUACCGGAAACAGACUUCUCGUUACUUUUCGAAAACGAUCGAAAGUAUCGAGAAACGGCUGUUUUCAAAACUCCUAUCCGCAGACCGUAUUACUCAACGCACAACUGGCAAGAAGUAGACGAUUUGGGAAAUGUUGUUAUUGGUUCGAACCGUGCCACUCCGCAUGUGGAGCGUAUUCCGUGCCAGUUCGAAACUGCGGUAUUCGGUAAAGUUCCUUCGCCAAUCGAUUUGCAGUAUCACUCAGCUAUCGAAGCUAAAGAUAUCAGUUUCGGAGGAAGCAAGGGGUUGGACGAGUUCCGCCGAUUUCUGGUGUCUGACCUGGGGCAGUACGUUUUCUACAACGCAGAAGAAACUCUGGUGACGGAAGGUAAAUGCGGCAGUCCGGAGAAGUGUCCCUGUCAACCCGAAUGGGUCAAAGAAGCAGUUUGUGCCAACGAAGUUUGCCCGGUUCCGAAUUGCUUGAGCCCCAUUGUUCCCAAGGGCCACUGUUGUGCCAUAUGUGGAAGUGUGCUCUCGGUGGAUUUGAGUAAUUUCGUUGAAAAUUUUGAUUUGAGUGAUUUCAUACGGAAGCUGGAUCGAAAAAUUGCUUCAUCGGAGGUGGAUCAGUCGCUGGUUGAGUACCAUGUUAGCGUCGAGAACUAUGCUCUGCAGUUGGUGCUUAUAGAUAAGGGAGACUACGACGAGCAGAGCGUUCAGCUGAUGAAAAGCUUGGAGCCAUAUUUUGUGAUGCGGUUUCGUAAUGGUCAUAAUGUCGUCCAUUCAGGACAACCGCACAUCCCGUACCAGAGUGGGCAGCUGUUCCUAGUAAUGUUUGUUUCCCUGCUGAUGGUAUCCGUUUUCUUCACCGUACUGUACGUGUACUAUUAUGAUGACAAAAUGAUACCUCGUGUUACGGCUAUAGUACGGAAUAGAACGUUUUUCACGUCGCCAUUCGUCUUUGCACGGUUUGAUCCAAACAACGCUAAUGACGACUCAACAGUGGAUAUAAAUUUCAACCCAUCAGGAAUUCAAUAA